UCAUGCUAUUAAAAGAUCCCUGAUCCUCACAAGUUGCCCUGGCUGCAACUGGCAGUGGGACUGGGUUUGAAUGAACAAGGAGGAAAGCAGGGUUUAAUCUGCUUAACUAACUGGAAAAAAAACCAGAUAUUUCCACUGAAGGCUGGCUUAACUGUUUACGCACAUUAAGAUGGGUCUCCCAUCUGUUAUGGUCCUGCCCCUGCUGAUAGUGGGUUUCGCUGGAGUUUACUAUGUUUACAAUGAGGUCAUGCGGUUCAUGUCCAAGUCCAUGGUUCAAAACAAAGUGGUGGUGAUCACAGACGCCGUAUCCGGGAUGGGAAGUGAGUGUGCCAGACUGUUUCACGAAGGUGGGGCGAGACUGGUUUUGUGCGGACCAAAUUGGGACAAGCUUGAAUCUCUGUAUGAUUCACUGUGCAGUGGAUCAGACCCCAGUAAAACUUUCACACCCAAGCUGGUGCUGCUGGACUUCAGUGAUAUGGAGAACAUUUCAAAUGUGAUCACAGAGAUUUGUGAGUGUUACGGCUGUGUGGAUGUUCUGGUAUGCAACAGUAGCAUGAAGGUCAAGGCCCCAGUGCAGAAUCUCUCCCUGGAGAUGGACAAAACUGUCAUGGAUGUCAACUACUUUGGGCCUGUUACAUUGGCCAAAGGUGUCCUGCCAUUAAUGAUCACUAGAAGGACAGGACAAUUUGUAUUGGUCAACAGCAUCCAAGGGAAACUGGCUCUCCCAUUCCGUACUUCUUAUGCUGCCUCCAAGCAUGCAGUCCAGGCAUUCUUCGACUGUCUGAGAGCAGAGGUGGAGGAGUAUGGAAUCUCUGUCUGUACAAUAAGUCACACCUUCAUUAACUCAGUACCACAGAACACCACUCCCUCCAAAACCCCACCCACCAAUCCCCUCUGGGCUUACAUCUCUUGCCUGUUGAACACUCAUGGGGUGCGUCCUAAUGACCUGGCCCAUGAGAUUGUUAGAAUGGUGAACAGGCACAGACGAGAGGUGCUCCUCGCCCACCCCAUCCCCUGGGUCGCCUUGUACAUCCGCUUCCUGCUUCCCAGCUUCUUCUUUGCUGUGGUGGCUGCUGGGGUGAAGGAUGGAGCCAUGGCUGAGCAGCUGAAAUAGACGAACUGCGGAAAGAGAACUGAAUGAAAAGAUUCAAGAAAUGACCUGAGGCCUUGUUGUUUAGUUUCAUGAGCUUUGAACUCGUUUCUGGUCUAGCUGCACACAGCAGGGGUGAUCUUUUGAUGUAAAAAACAUGAAAGCCGCUUAUAUUUUGAUCUGGUUAGAAAUGGGAUGCAUUUAUUUAUCUUGGCAUUUCUAGUGACUGAGUAGCCUAGUGUGACAUUCUUCACAAGAUUCAAUUAUAUGAAAUAAUCGUUAGCCAUUAUAUGCAUUAAAACAAUAAAGCUUGUGACUUGACUUCUUUAAAAAGUGUUGUGUCAUCAGCUCAAAAUGCUCUAAUACACUAUAAUGACAUUAUUUCAAUGGUUUUCUAUAUAAAAGCAAAACAUUACCCUUAUCUUUGGAUGCCUGUUAUAAGUUUUAAAAGUCCACCCAAAAAUGACAAUUUUGUCAUAAUUUACUCACUUCACUUUACAAACAUGUAUAACUAAAUUUUGUCUAUACAAUGCUCAAUCUGUUUGACAUUCUACCAUUAUGCCAUAUUUAAUCCUUUUUAUAUGAACUAUCCUGUUAAUGCUUGGAGUGGUGGUGGCGAAGUGGGCUAAAGCACAUAAUGGGUAAUCAGAAGGUUGCUGGUUCAAUCCCCACAGCCACCACCAUUGUGUCCUUGAGCAAGGCACUUAACUCCAGGUUGCUCCGGGGGGAUUGUCCCUGUAAUAAGUGUAAAUCACUUUGGAUAAAAGCGUCUGCCAAAUGCAUAAAUGUAAAUGUAAUGCAAUAUAAUCUUGAAAUAGUAUAAUAUAACUCCUGCUUGUGUUUAUUGUCUUUUGCUUCUCUGACACAAGGUUGAGCAAGGAGACAGUGCCAAUUGGCUUCAUUCAAAAGCCAUAAAGAGCCAUAUAGACAUAAUUUCCCAGAUGUCUUUCUCAAAUGCUGAUUUAAGGCCAGUUUGUUCAUUUAGCACAGACGUGGCUCACUAUCAUCACCUAGGGGCCACAUCUGAUAUAUACACUAUUUCUUAACAGCACGAUUGUACCUGUAGAUGGCACUAACCACAAACCCAUGACUUACUGAUACUGGAAGACUAGUAGAUGAAAAAUACAGAGAAAUACACUGCAAACGUGAUGCUUGAUGACACAUAUUGUAAUUGAUGAUGUCAGACUAUUCUCAAUUAAGGCAUAAAUAAUACAUUUAAUACAGUUGAUGUCUGUUAUAGAAUUACUGUAAUUGAAGCACACUGCAAUCAAACAUCUUGUGUCAUGGAUGCACUUAGUCGAUGCAUGUUAUAUCAUCAUCUGGUAUUAUAUAGUUGUUGGUAAAUUAAGACAGGCUGCUGUAGAAGGACAUACAGUUAGUGAUUCAAUUGUUUCAACCUUUCAUCAUACUGGUAAAUGUGUAAGUAUUCAUUCAUUCAAUAGCAGUCUAUGUGAUAUCAUUGUAUUAUGAUAUUAUAGACAGUUAUUUGUGGCUUCAGUGUAUUAAAGCAUUGCUAAAAUGAGAAAAUUG